AUGGAUAUUUUUAGGGUUUUAUCAAGAGGUGCUUAUGUUAAUAAGAACGCCACAAAUAAGAAGUUUAUAAAUAGUGCAAGAGCAAACGAUGAGAUAGAUGAGGGAAAAGAUUCAAAAUUGAACCAAGAAAUCGAUCAGGAACUAGAUUUCUUUCACAAAAGAAAGAUCGUCAAUAAGGCCAAGAAGAAUGCUGCCGAAAGUGAUUCAGAAUCAGAGGAAGGUGUAGAGCAAAAUCAAGAGAAUGAUGAGGAAGAUAUUACGGUUGAAGAAGCUCAUGCAUUGAGAAAAUCUCACAAAGCGAAAAUUCAGGGUGAAGAUGUUCCUCUCCCCAUCAAGGACUUCAACCACUUAACUGCCCGUUAUAACUUAUCGAAUAAUGAGAAAUUGUUGAACAACUUGGUGGAUGCUGGCUUUGUCAACCCAACCCCGAUCCAAUCUGAAUGUAUCCCAAUAAUUUUGAACAAUAGAGAUUUAUUGGCGUGUGCCCCAACCGGUUCUGGUAAAACAUUGGCAUUUUUAAUCCCAUUAUUCAUCCAGCUACUUACUAAUUCCACCUCUCAAAAGAAAAAUAAAACCGGGAUCAAAUGCUUGAUCAUUUCCCCAACCAAGGAAUUGGCAACCCAAAUUUUCAACGAAUCUGCCAAGUUGAGUAAAGGUUUCAACUUGUCGGUCAAUGUGAAAAUGCUCACCAAAUCUUUAGCUGGUAAAUUAAGAAACGACGUCAUGACUGAUCAAAAGAUAGAUAUGUUGAUUGCCACCCCUUCAAGAUUGGUUGAAUUGAUCACCAAUGAAAAGAUAAAAUUGGGAAGUCUUCGAUACUUGGUAUUUGAUGAAGCAGAUAAAUUGUUCGAAGGUGAUUUCUUGAAACAAGUGGAUAGUAUUAUCAGCCACAUUGAAGAAACUAAUAAUAAUUCCCACUUGACAAAAUUGAUGUUCAGUGCCACAAUUCCUUCCCAUGUCGAAGAGAUUUCUAAAACCGUAAUGAAUGAAGAUUGCAUCAGAUUAAUCAUUGGGAAUAAACAAGCGGCCAAUGCCAGCAUCGAACAGAAAUUGGUGUUCUGCGGUAAUGAAGAUGGGAAAUUAUUGGCUAUCAGAAACAUGAUCCUCAAUGGGGAAAUAAAGCCACCAGUGAUCAUUUUCUUGCAAUCUAUUAUCAGAGCCAAAGCGUUAUUCCACGAAUUAUUGUACGAAAACUUGAAAAUCGACGUCAUCCAUUCAGAAAGAACCACAACACAAAGAAACCAAAUCAUUGAUGAUUUCAAACAGGGUAAAAUCUGGGUGUUGAUCUGUACCGACGUUUUAGCAAGAGGUAUCGAUUUUAAGAAUGUGAACUUGGUGAUCAAUUAUGAUGUGCCAACUUCCAGUGCCAACUAUAUUCAUAGAGUCGGUAGAACUGGUAGAAAUGGUAUGACCGGUACUGCUGUAACAUUUUACACUAAAGAUGACGUUACUCCUCUCAAGUCGAUCAUUAACGUUAUGAAACAAUCUUCGAGUAAUAACCUUGAAGGAUGGAUGGAAAAUAUGGGCAAGAUCUCAAAGAAGGAAAAGAAACAAAUGAAGUUCAAGCCAAUAGAAAGAAAGAAGAUCUCUACUGUUCCGGGAGCAGUGGUUCAUAAAAGAAAAAUGAAGAAGCAAAUGAUCCAACAUUCCAAGAAGGUACAUAAUGAUAAAUAG